AAAUAAAUAACCAAAAAACAAUUACAUAAUGACAUUGAACUAUACGUGGAUCUCAGUACAAAAUUUUGUGUUAGUGUCCAUUGGUUUUAAAAUUAUCAAAAUAUUAUAUUAUUUAUUUAUGAUUUUUUUUGUGCAAAAUAUGAAUUUAUUAAAUUGUUAUUUUGCAUUAAUCGUUAUUUCAAUUCAGUCACUAUCAUCAAAUUUUGUGGUAUCCAAAUUAAUCUCAUAUGAAAAAAUUGAAACUCUUAAAAAAGUACUUGUGAAUGUGGAUUUAUGGAAGCAAUUCAAGAACGUAGCUGUUAAAGAUAAAAAAUGCUAUAACAAGAAAAAGUUCAAAGUUAAUAACAUCUUUGAUGAUAUAGACAACGGAAAUAUUACUGAUCAGAAUAAUAUAAAAAAGCCUGGUGAAGUAAGUUCGUUAAAAUCUUUGCAUGUUAAUUCAAGCAAUUAUGAAGAAAAGGUAAACUUAAUUUUUAAAUUCGUAAGAUGUAAGUGUUGUGGACAUAUUAAGUGGUUUAAUCGACUUUUGCUAUACAUGACAAGUGAAUAUGAUAGGAUCUGCAAUGAAGAAAUAAAUACACAAGAAAAAACAAUGACCUUAAAAAUAAAGAGUUUGCUUCUUACAAGAAUCCAGGAAUAUAAAGAAUUAGUACAAGUACUUUAUGAUUAUGCAUGUUUUUUUAAAAGUUUAUUUCUUGAAGGUAAAGAUAAAGUAAGUGAUACUGACUCUUUUUUUUCGAAACUAUUGCCCAUAAUGAAUAUGCCAUUACCUGAAGGUGAUUAUUUUGCAAAUGAUUUUAAUGAAAUAUUAAAAAAAUCAUUUACAGCUAUUGUUAAUCAUUCAAGGAAUUUGUGUGCUUAUUCAAACGAAAUUCCUCACAAGAAUUCAUAUAACAAAAAUUACAAUCGAAAGUUGGCUAAUAAAAAAUAUAAGGAAAGCUUUGCAGAAUAUAUGAGUUGUCAAUUACAUUUAGUUGCAAUAGAAAUUUAUGAUUCGAUUUCACAGUUGCCAUUAAAUGAAAAAUUAGAAUAAUACAUAAGAUUGAAUUAUCAAUUAUUAAUAUUUAUAAAACAUGUAUAAAAAUUAAAAAUGCCAAAUUAAUCUUUUAUAAUAGUAGUUAUUUUAAGAGUAAUCGAGAGAUCUAUAUUAAUAAAUUACC